AUGAGAUUGAAGACGUCGAAUCCAGCUUCAUAUCGACCCAAUAUUGAGGAACUUCCUAAUCCUUCACUGAGUAUCAAGUAUAUCCUAUCAAACUCCAGUUCUCAAUGUUUUGUUGCUCAUCUGAUUUUCAAACCUGAUUUUCAAAAUCUAUCCGAUAUCAUCAUAAUCAUCAUCAUCGUCGUCGUCAUUAUGAUCUUCGCCAUCAGCACCAUCAUCAUCGCCAGCUUGAAAAUCAAGGAACCGGAACCAGAUAUGCAACAAAACAAACGUCGAGUCAAGGCCACGAUUUUCAGAAACCAAAAGAGUAGUCUUGGAAGAAUAUCAAUAUAUCAACGCAGCACGUCCACUGCCGAUCAUUGA